CCAUCUUGUCCGCUCGCCUCUCCGCCGGACACACUUCUUCUUCUCUCCGCGCAAGUUUGGGCGUUUUCCCCUCCCGUUGCUGCGGUCCAUCACAGUCAACCGACAUUUCACCGGUAAAACAGGAGAGUCCCGUUCCCCGUUCGGUCGUUCUGUCACCGGGUCGAGGCCGUUUUUGGUUUUGUUUUUGUCCGGGAAAGCGAGGUGAACAGAAUCCGGGAGAAGCGGACUUUCCAGCGGACCGGUGAACUCAUGCUGGCCGGAGCGCAGGCUGUGCAGUCGUGGCUGGUCUGGGAUCAGCCUGGUGGAGUUUAGGCUGCAGGAGUCUCUGUGUGUCAUGAAGGCCAUGAAGCCGCCCUGUUCCCUGUACUGCUGUCUGUGGUUCCUGCUGCUGCUGGGAGCCGGAUCUCUGCUGCUGCUGGUCCGCCUGCAGGACCUCACCGAGACGGUCCAGCAACAGACCCCAGGUGUGAAUGUGCUGGCGGCUCCCAGGUGGCCCGUGGAGAAGGAUCUGCAGGCCGAAGACGCCGCUGCUGACACGGACUUUAAGGUCUCGUCUGAUUCAUCUCCGUUGAUGCUCGAAGACUCUGCGGUCAGCUCCACGCAGCCGGUCACCAAACGCCACAGGAAGCUGCUUCUGAAGAGGAACUUUGCAGCUUCCAGCGCUCCUGUUGGCGGAGAGGACGAACUGCGACCGCUGCAGCGGCUGGCGAGGACGCAGGAGUCCCGGCGCCGCCUGCUGGCCGACGUCUGUGCCAAAUACCAGCCGGGCGUCACCCAGCAGCGUGUCUCUCGGCGGCAGGUGUCGCGGGUUUACGUGGAGGACCGGUCCAGGCUGCUGUACUGCGAGGUGCCCAAAGCCGGCUGCUCCAACUGGAAGCGGGUGCUGAUGGUGUUGGGCGGCAGCGCCACCUCCACACGAGAAAUUCCCCACGACGCGGCUCAUUACGCCAACCAGCUGCGGCGGCUGGAGAGCUACAACCACGCCGGCAUCGCCGAGAGACUCCGCUCCUACACCAAAGUGCUGUUCGUCAGGGAGCCCUUUGAGCGCCUGGUGUCGGCGUUUCGGGACAAGUUUGAGAGUCCGAACUCGUACUACCACCCUGUGUUCGGACGCCCGAUCAUCUCCAGGUACCGCGCCAAUGCCACGCGCGCAGCCCUGAGGACCGGCGCCGGCGUCACCUUCAGGGAGUUCAUCCAGUACCUGCUGGACGUGCGCCGGCCCGUGGGGAUGGACAUCCACUGGGAGCCGGUCAGCCAGCUGUGCAACCCCUGCCUGCUCAGGUACAACUUCAUCGGGAAGUUUGAGAGCCUGGAGGAAGAGGCCAACUUCCUGCUGCAGAGCGUGGGCGCGCCAGGGAACCUCACCUUCCCCGACUUCAAAGACAGAAACCCCCUCGCGGAGAGGACGUCCUCCUCCAUCACCCAGAGGUACUUUGCACAGCUGAACUCCACAGAGAGGCAGAAGGCCUUCGACUUCUACUACAUGGAUUACCUGAUGUUUAACUACCCCAAACCCUUCAAAGACCUGCACUGAGCCGGGCGCCACGGGAUGUUACGGCGCCACGGGACUGAGUGAUCCAUCAGUGAGGCCGUGGCCCAUAAUGCACUGCUUGAACCUUCAGACCUGUUCUAACAGCUGAGUCCUGGGUGUUGGCUUGUUUACCCACAAUGCAGCAACAAGUGUUAAUAUGCUGCACAUCACUGAACCACUGACGAGUCGCUGUGGACUUAAAAUCAGAACUGUAGUCGUGUUCAGCGGCUUUAAUCCGACUGGUUCAGUCCGUCGUCAGCAGACUCAACACCUGAACGCCAGCUCUGAGCCACACCGGAACACCUGACCCGACCCGUCAGAAUCUCUUUGUUCCUGCGUCGUUAUUUACAGAGAAACUAAUUUAUUCUUCUUUUCACAUCGCGGCCGUGACGACAGAUUUACCGUCUGUAGAGGUUCAGACCCUCAAAUCAUUUAAUGUGACUUUCGUCGUGCUCUCAAAUUACUGCGGUGACGGACAGGUGUACUCCAGGACAUCACAGGUGCCCAGUGUGGAAAUAACACGCUGCCUCAGAUCAUCAGACCCAGUGAAGAAACUGCGAGUCAUUAAAACGACAAAGUAGUGAAUUAAGACCGGACUUUACGGAGAAGUUCAGGUGCAGCAGAGAGCUGACAGGUUUCAUUUAAUUAAAUACCGGUGAAAUCAGAAAGUAAAGCAGCCCGACGCAGAAAAACACAACACCAGUAAACGUGGGAGAGACGUCACUGAAGAUUAAUCACGGCAAUAAGAUUAAUGAUAAUACUUGUUUAUUGGCCCAUAAAUAAAAAAGGUCUGACGUACAAUAUAUGCAAAACUUAAAGUAUACACUGUUAGGAUAAACUCGUUGCCGAGUGAGGGAUCAUUUCGCUCGCCGUCUGAAUGCCGCUGAGGCUGCAGGUCGUCUCCUCGCGUGGACAGCAGCUGGUCUGCAGGUGUUCGUCUGUGUGUCGCUCAGAGCCGCCAGAGAGACAGUCAGGAUGAUUGACAGCUAUCGAACGGCAGGAGGUCGUUGAUGACUGCAGAAAGCUUCACCUGCGGCGGCGGCGGUGGUGGAGGACAGUUGUUAUUUGCCAAACAAACUUUAUCUUUCUGCCUUUUCUUCUGUUGUAGCCUUCAGUUCACGUCACCACACAGAAGCAACUUAACGCUGCUUAAACGACUUCUGUGAAGUUUAUCUUGAAAGAGUUCCUCUGAGACGCCGUCCACGUCCGGCCGUCUGAUAAACAACAACAAUACUAACAAACAACGCCAGCCGCCUGAAACACCAGCUCAGUUUUAUUCUGAAGGGCGGCUGAAACUGUGCGGCUGGAACAAAGAGCAACAACACGUGUGAAGACGAAUCGUGCUCGUCUCUGCAGGUCUGACGUCAGAACAGACGACCUGAAGCCUUAACACUGCCAUUUCACCUGAUGCAUUACGUCGGCUGUUUUAAACGUUGCUCAGCAAAUAAAUGUGUGAGACUCUUGUUAGAAAUGUGGUCGUCUGAUUUAUUCCACCGCCGUGGAAAACAGCAGGACGAGUCUCUGUCCUGUCAGAAACAUCGUCGGGUGUGUUGUGUAUUGUUUAAAUGUUAUAGAGUCUGAUUCUACUUAGAGACGUUGCUACUGUUAGCGUUAGCUGGAUCUGGGGCCUCACUGUAGCUGGGAGAGUGCAGCACGUUGAACACUGAAGCGUUCCUUCAGAUUCACGCCGUGUUGAAGGAAACGCUUCGUCAUGUUGGAGCUGCUUCCUCCCUCGCAUCAAACCUCCUGACUGCAGCUGCUGCAGUUUUUUAGUGAAGCUAAGCCAAACUUUGAAGCAUUUGCUGCGGCCCGCCACGGUCCAGGACCGGAACCAGAAGGACUCUCUUCUUCAUGCUUUGUUGACGUAACACAUGAGGUGACGUUCGGUCAGCGUAGCAGCUCCUGGCAGAUCAGAGACUCUUUAACGGACUGUAAAUCACUGCAGUUCAGUCAGGAGCUGAGAUAUGCGGGAAGUUAGGAUCCGAGAAGCAGAAUCCAAACGCACAGAUCUUAACGAGACCCUACGUCUGAACGGGUCCUCGGUUCUUAACGAGUCCAGGGGUCUUAACGAGUCCCCACGUCUGAACGAGUCCAGGGGUCUUAACGAGUCCCACGUCUGAACGAGUCCAGGGGUCUUAACGAGUCCUCGGGUCUUAAUGUUUUCAGGGUUCUUAACAAUUCCACAGUUCUUAACGCGACCAUGGUUCUUUACAAGUCCAGGGGUCUUAAUGAGUCCCCACGUCAUAACGAGACACGUCUGAACGAGUCCUUGGUUCUUAAGGAGUCCUCGGGUCUUAACGUUUUCAGGGUUUUUAACAAACAACAUAACAAGUCCCCACAUCUUAACGAGUCCACGGGACUCAGUGAUUCCAGGGGUCUUGAGAAGUCCACAGGUCUUAAUGAGUCCCCACGGGACUUAACGAUUCCAGGGGUCUUGAGAAGUCCACAGGUCUUAACGAGUCCCCACAGGACUUAACAAUUCCAGGGGUCUUGAGAAGUCCACAGGUCUUAAUGAGUCCCCACGGGACUUAACGAUUCCAGGGGUCUUGAGAAGUCCACAGGUCUUAACGAGUUCACACUUCUUAACGAGACCCCACAUCUUAACAAGUCCACAGUUCUUAAUGAGUCCACACGUCUGAACGAGUCCUCGGUUCUUAACGAGUCCAGGGGUCUUAACGAGUUCACGGGUCUUAACGAGUCCACAGGACUUAAUGAGCACACAGUUUUGGAUGAGUCCACGGUUCUUGGUAACUUGAUUCCCGACCCUACUCAUCAGUGUUGUUAACGUCCUGAAACCUCCAAACGGACAGUAAGCUGCUGUUCAUCAGUUCUUUGUUUGCGCAUGAUAAUUGUUAGUCAGUCAACUGAGUUUUCCAUUACAGAAUAACACAUUUAAAUGUAAUGUAAUGAUUUACCUUGUUUCUGUAUAAACACUAAACAAGAAGAAGAAUCAGAACAACCACAAAAUAUUCAGUUAAUCAGAGACGUGUAACAUCGUCAGAAGCUCAAAUUAAAUUCAGUUCUAUUAGAAUGCUGGAACUUUUCUGUUUGCAGGUAACAGGAGUUUGGACCCGGAACAGGUUGGUUAGAUUUAUUACAGAGGCUCAACAGGUGAUGUUGAGAGUCCAAAACACAACAGGUGUCCAACAGAGAGAUAAUCCACAAGUGAGAUGUAGUGCAGGAGAAACACUUGGAACACCAGAGACAGCGAAGCAAUGAACUGGCGCUGAGUGAACAGAUCACACCACUUAAAGGUGAACCUAAUGACACCCAGGUCAAAUAAUCAAGGAAGGAAAACCUGAACAGUCACGGACAAAGGACAGAGACAGCAAAACAGCUUAGUCCUAAUUCAAUCCUGCUGGAGACGGGAAGCCAGUAAAGUGAAUGUAGAACGUGAUGUGGUCCUACUUCCACACUCUCAUCAGGAUAUCUGCAGCUGUUCUGAACAUUUUGGAAGCACAUUAAGGAGCUGCACGAUGUACCUCAAACUGUCCGGACCACAAAGCACUAAAUAUAACAAGACAAUCAGAAUACUCCGUUAAUAAAGUGUUUCUAGAA